AUGUCUACUAUGGAACAAAAGCACGGAAAAGAAAGUAUACGAGCACUUUUAUACUUUGCAGUUAUGACGGUAUUCGUUAGAGCUUCUUUGGCUGGUCCAUCCUUAAACAUACCAUCAUACGAAACUUUAGUAGAACCUUCAGAAAUACUUUCCGCCCUGGAUUUAUCAACUAGCGAUGAGUCAAUGAGCUCGACAACAUCUGACAAAUUAGACUUAAUUCCACAUUCAAAUAAGGCAGGAAUAUUCGGAACUUUUCUGGCCAGUACUGCCGCUCUACUUAAAGGUCAAUCCACAGAGCCGUUGGUGAACGGAGUAGUCUCUUUACAAGAUUACUUGUAA